GGCUAACUGACACCACCGAAGCUGUAGGAGCAACGUUCUCUCUCCUUUCACUCUCAACGUUUGGUACUAAAAAAAAAAAAGAAAUGGCAAGGAAGAAGAUAAGAGAGUAUGAUUCAAAGAGACUUGUGAAGGAACAUUUCAAACGUCUGUGUGGUCGAGACUUGCCCAUCAGAUCCGUUCAGAUAAAUCAAGAGACUGAUCUGAAUGAGCUAGUAGCAAAGGAGCCUUGGCUCUCAUCUGAGAAGCUCGUCGUCAAACCUGACAUGUUAUUUGGUAAGCGUGGCAAAAGUGGUUUGGUUGCCCUGAAUCUUGAUUUCGCUGAUGUUGCAACUUUUGUCAAAGACCGCUUGGGCAAAGAGGUAGAGAUAAGUGGAUGCAAAGGACCCAUAACAACCUUCAUUGUUGAACCCUUUGUCCCACACAACGAGGAGUUCUAUCUCAAUAUCGUCUCCGAUAGACUUGGCUGCAGCAUCAGCUUUUCAGAGUGCGGAGGUAUUGACAUCGAGGAGAACUGGGACAAGGUCAAGACCAUAUCUGUACCAACCGGUUCAUCCUUGACACCUGAGAUAUGUGCACCUCUUGUCGCUACCCUUCCUCUAGAGAUCAAAGGGGAACUUGAAGACUUUAUUCAAGUUAUCUUCACCCUAUUCCAAGAUCUUGAUUUUACUUUCUUGGAGAUGAAUCCUUUCGCAUUGGUUGAUGGAAAGCCUUACCCUCUGGAUAUGAGGGGUGAGCUUGAUGACACUGCUACUUUCAAAAACUUUAAGAAGUGGGGCGACAUUGAGUUCCCUAUGCCAUUUGGAAGAGUGAUGAGCCCCACGGAGAGCUUCAUCCACGGUCUAGAUGAGAAGACAAGUGCUUCUUUGAAGUUCACCGUUCUGAAUCCCAAGGGAAGGAUCUGGACUAUGGUAGCUGGAGGAGGUGCAAGUGUCAUCUACGCUGAUACCUUAUAUCUGGGGUAUGCAUCUGAGCUUGGAAAUUAUGCUGAAUACAGUGGAGCACCCAAAGAAGACGAGGUUUUACAGUAUGCUAGAGUCGUCAUCGAUUGUGCUACGGCGAAUCCGGAUGGAAAAACCAGAGCACUAGUGAUCGGAGGUGGAAUUGCUAACUUCACAGAUGUUGCUGCUACUUUCAAUGGCAUAAUCCGAGCUCUCAAGGAAAAGGAAACAAAGCUGAAAGCAGCAAGGAUGCAUAUAUAUGUGAGGAGAGGAGGACCAAACUACCAAAAGGGACUUGCUAAAAUGAGAUCACUUGGAGAUGAAAUCGGUGUCCCCAUCGAGGUUUAUGGUCCUGAAGCAACAAUGACAGUAAUGGCUGCAAGCUACUUUCAUUGGCCACAAGAAGAAGAAGACACAUUUGAAGAUGACAUUGAAGAUGACAUUGAAGAUGAGCCAAAUGUGAAGCCACCCUUUGACGAAAGUGUACUCACACCAGAACAGAGUUUGAAGGUGGAUGAGCCUUGCAAAGAAAACCCAAUCUAUUUUACAAAUAACUCCAUAUGGGGCUCUGAACUCCUAAAAGCUUAA